AUGGUGGCAUGAAAAAAAUGUGGUUAUUCUUAACAAUUCUUUAAUUUGCGUGCUAUAGAAAAACUUUAUGAAAAUAUGUUAUUGUUCCUAAAAAAGAUGUGUAUAAAAACAGAUAUUUGUAGUUUUUCUGAAAUUUUUUUGUAAUGUGAACAAUGUUUAAAAUAAAACAAUAAUUAUUUAAAUAAAAUAAUAAAACUAUAAUUGUCUUACUAAGAUUAACGAUUAAUGCAACAAAAACUUACUGGAAUACGAAGUAUCGUACUCCACGACUUCGGUGCCCACGCGCCAAUCCCCUGGCUGUCUCUAACGCGGCACCAAUACACCGAUAGCAAAAGUAUUUCCGUCGUAAAUCUUGGUAUUCGCGACAUUUUUUUCUGUAAACAUUUUUAUACUUGUAUAUAUAUAGAGCCAGAGUGUGUUGGUGUGUAGAAUAUAGAUGACUGACACUCCUCUACUCUGAAUCUCGAACGCCGCUUUCAAUUUUUGUCUCGAAUAACACUCUCUAUCUUUCCUCAUUUACCACCCAAAACCACUUUCAUGAACAACUCAUCUCCUUCCGGUAGCUUUUCAAAUCGCCGGAGUCCGGUGGCCAGCGUGAAACAUCCAAGUUAUCGUGGUAUACGGAGUCGUAAUGGGAAGUGGGUGUCGGAGAUCCGAGAACCACGUAAAAGCAAACGUAUUUGGCUUGGGACAUACCCAACACUGGAGAUGGCUGCGGCAGCGUAUGAUGUGCCUGCUUUAUCACUUAAAGGUCGUGAUGCAAUGAUAAAUUUCCCAGAUUUUUUUGGAACAUACGCAUUGCCGCUUUUGCCAAAGCCUGCCAUGAUAAGGAGUGCAGCUGCAGCUGCAGCGGAGCUGAUGAAGUCUUCCUUGGAUCAGUUUACGUUACAGUUUGGUGGUGACGGAGAUACCUACCUUCCUGCCGAGAAUAAGUUUAUGGAUGACGAAAUCCUUUUCGAUAUGCCAAAGUUGCUGGUAGAUAUGGCGGAAGGAAUGCUGAUAAGUCCCCCACGGCAGCACAGUACUAACGAUUUGUCUCUAGUGGGCUCCUCUGAUUGUAAUAAUUUGUGGAGCUACUAGGCUUCUUUAAGUUUGUUAAAAAAUAAAAAAUAAAAAUUGGAAAACUAAGAGAAAGAGGGGAUCAAAGGAUCAAGAAAAAAAUAUGAAAUUAAGAAAGGUGCAAGUUGAAGAACAAUGACGUGUGAACAAGUAGUAUGCAUGCAUGAUCAUCAAAAAGCAUGAGAACUUAGUUUUUGAAAUUUAUCAAAAUCAAGGAUCUAAUAUCGUGAAACAUUAUAAUCUUUGAGUUGUAAGUAGAGUUGUUUUGAGAAAACUAUAUAUGUGAGAAUUUGAUCCCCAAGA